GGGAGGGCUGUAGAAAGCGUGGUCUGAGACAGGAGGGAGUGAGGCUUAGGACCUGGAAUGAUUUCACAGCUCACAGGGUUUCGGGUUUCUCCAGGGUGGCGUCUUUUGCCUUCUUCAUCCCCUCCCCCAUUCCUGAACAGUUCUCUCCUUGUGUACUGCGGGGGAGGGAACGGAAAGGAGGGAAGAGUUACUUUCCCAAAUUCCUGACUAGCUGUUAGCCUCCCCUGUGACUCAUGUGGGGGAAGGGAGGUUUGGGAGGGAGUAGGGAGCAGUGAUUUUCCGGAAUGCAGGAAAGUAAGCCAGAGUAAGGUCUGGCUGCCCUUUCGCUUUCGAAUACCCAGCAUUUUCGCGACCUCCUAAAUUUUUCUUCCUGGCCGGCCCCCUAAUGGGCCUCUGCAAACUUGCGAGGCCUCGGGCGGAGAACUGCCGAUUUAGGAGGCUGGGCCACUAGGGGGAGGGGAUGGGGGGAGGGGAGAAGGCCUCAGCAAAGUUGCUGUGUCAUUGCCCGCCCUGCUGCAGCCACCCGCGCCAGCCAGCAUGUACUUUUGGGGCCGAAGCCUGAUCCCUGCGUGGGGGAGGGCGGUAGUAACAGGGGAAGAGGCUUCCUUCCCGGUGUGCACUUCCCCCCGCAGGGUUUGCCCGACUCGGGUGGUCGAGAAGACGUGAGAUUGGCGGCCAUUUUAGACGCAGUAACCGAGAUAUGCAGUCUGUUUUCUGUCUUGGUAUCCAGAGAAGGGGAGAUGGAGAGGGAGACCUCCCGCUAAAGCCCAGAUUCCUCACUGCAGCGGCCUCUCUGCCGAGAACAACAACCCGCCAGGCGUCCUGCGGCCACACCCUGGCGGGCCCAGGCUGGCUACGCCCACGCGGCCCCCUCCUGUCCUGUCGGUGUGGCCAAUGGAGGAGCUACGAAUGGCACGACCUGCCAGAGCUUGGCAGUCGCCGGUCGCACCGGUCUUGGACGUCUGGGAAGACUUUGUUGGAAGGGGAGGCGGAGAGAGGGUGCUGCACCCAUGCCAACCUCUCUCUUUCCCUGGAGUCGCCGAACCACAGCGCAGCCAAUUGGCUCAGAGAUGUGGCGGGUUGCCGGUUCCCUAUGGGUCUAUGCGGCACUCUUCUGCCUAGUGACUGACACCUUGGAAAUGAAGCUUAUGACGUCAUCGCUCCAGCCAACCAAUAGAAAACGCUCCCGCGGAGAGCUGUUCCUCCCCUUUCGACUCUGCUUCUUCACGCGCGUGAGCGAGCGUGCGCGCGCGGAGGGGGUGGGGGAAAUCUCGAGCACGGUGGCGCGCAUGAGCGGCGAGGCUCCUCCUCCCUGCCUAUAUAUAAAGGGCUGGCGCGGGGCUCGGCGGCGCCAUUUCGCGCUGGAGUGGAGCAGCCUCUAGAACGAGCUGGAGGAUUCUGCCUACUGAUUAGAGAGCCUUCGAGUCGUCGGGGGCCGCCAUUGCAAUCCACGUCCAUCCGUUUGGAAAUGGCCUUCGUCUCGGCCUAUGACCGGUCCCGGCGGACAGUACAGACCCCAUAGAAGCCCCCGACGCUCCCCUUUUUCGGGCCCCGCCCAAUUCUCGGAGUCUGUCCACCCCCUCUACUCCGCCCUCAAGAGGAUUUCAAAGAUGGAGGCGGCGGCUCCCUAAACCACUUUUCGUGUUCAUCCGCCUCCAUCCGAGAUCGAAACGGGACCUCGUCCGCUGCGGGCAGUCCCAGCAGGAAGAGGGGAUCCUUGCAGAUCAACAGCGGGCAGUAUUGACGACGGCGUUCGGGAUUGGGGGCCGUCCUAGUGUUUGAGGAGUCCGUCCCCCCUCGCUCGCCCGCCUGUGCUGAGGCCGCCGCCAUUUUCUCGCUGUCCGCCUCCCGCGGAGCGCGCCAAGCUGCUGGGAAUCCUCCGAGAAGCCGCGGAGAAGAUUGCGUUCGUGCCGGCCCGGCGGGGGUGUUGUCGCCUGGAGGGCCAAGGGCAGCGGCCCUCCACCCCUCCCCGACUCCCCGGGUUAUGCUGGACCGGGAGGUAAGGGGAACCGAGGCCACCCGGACUUUCCGCGGCUGAGGGCAGCGCCGGUUCCCCGUGAUCAAGAUGCUGCAAAACGUGACUCCGCACAGCAAGCUCCCUGGGGAGGGGAAUGCAGGGUUACUGGGGCUGGGCCCAGAGGCAGCAGCGCCAGGGAAAAGGAUUCGAAAGCCCUCUCUGUUGUAUGAGGGAUUUGAGAGCCCCACAAUGGCUUCAGUGCCAGCUUUACAAUUGACCCCUGCCAAUCCACCACCCCCGGAGGUGUCCAAUCCCAAAAAGCCAGGACGGGUUACCAACCAGCUGCAAUACCUGCACAAGGUGGUGAUGAAGGCUCUGUGGAAACAUCAGUUUGCGUGGCCCUUCAGGCAGCCUGUGGAUGCCGUCAAACUGGGUCUGCCGGACUAUCACAAGAUUAUAAAACAGCCUAUGGACAUGGGUACUAUUAAGAGGAGACUGGAAAACAACUAUUAUUGGGCUGCCUCAGAGUGUAUGCAGGAUUUCAACACUAUGUUCACCAAUUGUUAUAUCUACAACAAGCCCACUGAUGAUAUUGUCCUAAUGGCACAAACGUUGGAAAAGAUCUUCCUACAGAAAGUGGCAUCAAUGCCACAAGAGGAACAAGAGCUUGUGGUGACCAUCCCUAAGAAUAGCCACAAGAAGGGGGCCAAAUUGGCAGCACUCCAGGGCAGCAUCACCAGUGCCCAUCAGGUGCCUGCAGUUUCUUCUGUGUCCCACACAGCCUUAUAUACUCCACCUCCUGAAAUACCUACCACUGUCCUCAACAUUCCCCACCCGUCAGUCAUCUCUUCUCCCCUUCUCAAGUCCUUACACUCUGCUGGACCCCCACUCCUUGCUGUGUCUGCAGCUCCCCCAGCCCAGCCCCUUGCCAAGAAAAAAGGCGUAAAGCGGAAAGCAGAUACUACCACACCUACCCCUACAGCCAUUCUGGCUCCCGGUUCCCCAGCUAGCCCCCCUGGGAGUCUUGAGCCCAAGGCAGCACGUCUUCCCCCUAUGCGUAGAGAGAGUGGCCGCCCCAUCAAGCCCCCACGCAAAGACUUGCCUGACUCUCAGCAACAACACCAGAGCUCCAAGAAAGGAAAGCUGUCAGAACAGUUAAAACAUUGCAAUGGCAUUUUGAAAGAGUUACUCUCUAAGAAGCAUGCUGCCUAUGCCUGGCCUUUCUAUAAACCAGUGGACGCUUCUGCUCUUGGCCUGCAUGACUACCAUGACAUCAUUAAGCACCCCAUGGACCUCAGCACUGUCAAGCGGAAGAUGGAGAAUCGUGAUUACCGGGAUGCACAGGAGUUUGCUGCUGAUGUGCGGCUUAUGUUCUCCAACUGCUAUAAGUACAAUCCCCCAGACCACGAUGUUGUGGCCAUGGCACGAAAGCUACAGGAUGUAUUUGAGUUCCGUUAUGCCAAGAUGCCAGAUGAACCACUGGAACCAGGGCCUUUACCAGUCUCUACUGCCUUGCCACCUGGGUUGGCUAAAUCCUCUUCAGAGUCCUCCAGCGAGGAAAGCAGCAGUGAGAGCUCUUCUGAGGAAGAAGAGGAAGAAGAUGAGGAGGAUGAAGAGGAAGAAGAAGAGAGUGAAAGCUCUGACUCUGAGGAAGAAAGGGCUCAUAGAUUGGCUGAACUACAGGAGCAGCUUCGGGCAGUACAUGAACAACUGGCUGCCCUGUCCCAAGGUCCAAUAUCCAAGCCAAAGCGGAAGAGAGAAAAAAAAGAGAAAAAGAAGAAACGGAAGGCAGAGAAGCAUCGAGGCCGAGCUGGGGUUGAUGAAGAUGACAAGGGACCUCGGGCACCCCGCCCAUCUCAGCCCAAAAAGUCCAAGAAAGCAAGUGGCAGUGGGGGUGGCAGUGCUGCUACACUAGGCCCCCCUGGCUUUGGACCUUCUGGAGGAAGUGGCACCAAACUGCCCAAAAAGGCCGCGAAGACAGCCCCACCUGCCCUGCCUACAGGCUAUGAUUCAGAGGAGGAAGAAGAAAGCAGACCCAUGAGUUAUGAUGAAAAGCGGCAGUUGAGUUUAGACAUCAACAAAUUACCUGGGGAGAAACUUGGUCGAGUUGUGCACAUAAUCCAGGCCAGAGAGCCUUCUUUGCGUGACUCAAACCCAGAAGAGAUUGAGAUUGAUUUUGAAACCCUCAAGCCAUCCACACUUAGAGAGCUUGAGCGCUACGUUCUCUCCUGUCUACGAAAGAAACCUCGGAAGCCCUAUACCAUUAAGAAACCUGUGGGAAAGACAAAGGAGGAACUGGCUUUGGAAAAGAAGCGGGAACUAGAAAAGCGGUUACAGGAUGUCAGUGGGCAGCUCAAUUCCACCAAAAAGCCCCCCAAGAAAGCAAGUGAGAAAACCGAGUCAUCGUCAGCACAGCAGGUAGCAGUGUCCCGCCUCAGUGCUUCCAGCUCCAGCUCCGAUUCCAGCUCCUCCUCUUCAUCGUCCUCUUCUUCGGACACCAGUGAUUCAGACUCAGGCUAAGGGGCCAGGCCAGAUGGGGCAGGAGGCUCCGCAGGACCGGACCCCUAGACCACCCUGCCCCGCCCCUUCCCCCCCUUUCUGUGACACUUCCUCAUCUCAUCCCCCCUCCCCCCCACUGUAGGAGAGCUGGCUCUGCAGGGGGGGAGGGGCGCAGGGACAUUUACUGAAGGAGGGACUUAAAUGGACAAAAGAAGAUUGAGUUCCCAGCCCCAUUGAGAGUGACCUCUUGGGCAUAGAGCCCCCAUUCAAAAUGACUGGGGCAGGGGUACAGGGUGGGAGUGGGCAAAGGCCCUGAUAACGGGGUUACCUGAGGCCAUAGCUGCCCUGUUCACUUGUAAAGGCCCUGUUUUGAGGUGGUUUGUUCUAAUUUAUUUUAAGCUAGGUAGGGCUGGAGGGAUAUGGGGCCAUGGUCCCCUCAGCCUCCAUGGGGAGGGAAGAAGGGGGAGCUCUUUUUUUACGUUGACUUUUUUUUUCUACUCUGUUUUCCCUUUUCCUUCUGCUCCAUUUGGGGCCCCUGGGGCUAUCAGUCAUCUCCCCAUUUGGUCCCCUGGAUUGUCUUUGUCUCUUGAUUCUAACUUGUAAAUAAAGAAAAUAUUAUUCAAAUUUUGAGUUAGCUUAA